UGACCACGAGGGGGGAAACGUGAGCGCCCACACCAGCCACCUGGUCGGCAGUGCCCUCUCCGACCCGUACCUCGCCUUCGCCGCCGCCAUGAACGGGCUGGCCGGGCCCCUGCACGGCCUCGCCAACCAGGAGGUGCUGCUCUGGCUGACCAACCUGCAGAAGGAGCUGGGCCAGGAGGUGUCGGAUGAGAAGCUGCGGGAUUUCAUCUGGAACACGCUCAACUCGGGCAGGAUCGUGCCCAACGUGCUGCUGGAGCAGGGCAAGGCCAAGAACCCCUGGCCCAACGUGGAUGCCCACAGCGGGGUCCUGCUGCAGUACUACGGGAUGAAGGAGAUGAACUACUACACGGUGCUGUUCGGGGUGUCGCGGGCGCUGGGCGUCCUCUCGCAGCUCAUCUGGAGCCGGGCGCUCGGCUUCCCGCUGGAGCG